CUUACACUACACCUACACGAUGCAAUGACGAACGACGUUCGGCAACUCCCAUUCGUCUUCCAGUGUAUCCGGAUAUCAAGAACAAGGCUGCGCCUCUGGAGAGUCAUACAGUGACAGGGUAACAAAACGCCACAGAUUGUCAAGCAGGCUGUCUCUGCAAGCGAUCCAUCUUGACUUUAUACUUUAUGUAUCGUCUUUGUCACGAUUAUGUGUAGCAUUUCCUCAUUGCUUUCCCCACCUAGCCUUGAUCAUCUUCUUGUCAGCAUGGACAACAGUAUGAUCGAAAGCUUACUGACUACUGUGGACCUGAUCAAUACCAAUCUUGAUAGAUCACCUGAUUCGUGGCAUGACCAACUGCCAGCCAUUCAAAACAUUACUUUUUCCUUCGAGGUAAACGAUACAGCUCCCGACGAAGCACGCAGGCAUUGGCAGGUACCUCUCAUCAGCGUCUUCCAGCGCGUGGCUUUUGUCGAUGCUGAUACUGGUGCUGUCAAAGACUUAGCAGACUGGUGCCUGCGUCAGUCAUUGGUCCUACUACAAAUAUACCCAGACGACGUCGAGAUCCUAACUCUGAUUGGCCGCAACUGGUUACUGCGAGCGCAGAGGGCUCUUUCGAGCAUUUCCCAAGCGCAGAGGAUGUCUUUGAGCAGCGAUACAAGCUCAUCAAGGUCCUCGGUCGAAGCUGAAGAACGACUGCGUGAGCCAGAUUAUGUCGAAGCCAGAGGACUGUUAUUGCCAGCUACCGACUAUCUCCAACGCGCAGUAUACGUAGCGACCGAACAGGGAGUUGUUACGGGUCUCCUUCUGUCUACAGCUGCCGAAUCGUUCUUGAGUCUGGGAAAUGUCACAUCACCCAGAGCCAACAGUCGAUAUUUUCAGCAUGCGAUUGCAUAUUUGCGAGCCGCAAGAGACAUGCCGAAUUACUUCUUAGCUCCACAUUUGGAACGGUACCUCGAGGGAUAUGGUCCUCUUUAUGACGAUGUAUGAGUAGGCAUAGCUGAAAAAGACCCAGCUAGAAAUCUAUAACGGAAUGUAAAUUCUAUAACCCGCGCUGUCAAACAUAUUUAAGGUGAUAUGACAGGUGUUCGGAGAUCGUUGGUGUCGCGGGCCCAUCCAUGGAUGAUAGAAGGGUUCGGGCACGGGCCAUCCUCCACUCAACUCCACUCCCGCCGGAAGGUCCAGCCAGCACAACGACUA